UGAUCAGCUGUGUCUAAUCACAGCUGGUCACAUAGGGGACAUGUACACUGAUGAUCAGUGUGCCCUGAUGACUAGUGUAGCCCCAGCAGUGCCAUUUGUCCGUGUCCAUCAGUGCGACAUCAAUGCCACAUAUCAGUGCAUAAGAGUGCACAUCAAUGCCACAUAUCAGUGCCCAUCUGAGCUGCCUGUCAGUGUUACCCAUCAGUGCCAGUCAGUGCCACCUAUCAAUGCCAAAAAGUGCCACCUAUCAGUGCUGCCAAUCAGUGCCACCUAUUAGUGCCAGUUAGUGCCGCCUAUCCGUGCCAUAUAUCAGUGCCAUGUAUCAGUG